UCAGCGUCUGUCAUUUUUUAUCAGGGUUAGUUCAUAUGGAUCGCAUCACGACUUCCGCUUGUUCGUUAUUGCCAAGGGACAAAUCAACCUAAACAAAUCGCUUACUUCUGCCAGCUCGCGCAUUCAAGAGCUUCUCAUCCGCCUUAGAUUUGGCUUUUUGCCAUUGUUUUUUCUAGGUCCUCCGCGGACUCGAAACAAACAAAAACAAUCAAAGCGACACGCGCGGCGGCCAUCGAGGGCUCGCUUAGAGAUCGACAUUGCAUUUGAGGGCGACUUCUGGGGAGUGGGUUGAUAUUCCUACAUUGUCUCUGCAGGAUUGCCAUGGCUAGGCCCCAGGCGAUUGAAAUCAGUAGUGAUGAGGAGGAGGAUGAGGAUCUGCGAAUCGCGAUUGCGCUGUCGCUAGGGCAGGAUCCAGGGAAGCGGACUGGUGGGCGGCUUGGUGGGCGAGGUGGAGAUCGGGUGAUUGAUUUGACGCAGGAUGAUGAUGAGGAAAAGAAGGGGGAGGAGGAGGAUAAAGUUGACGGCGGCGGCGGAGGCGGCGGCGAUGUUGUUCAUGAUGGUCGCAGUCUUCCAACACCCCAAGAUCUGACAGCACCAGUGCAGCAACUUGCCUCAGCUUCGAAUUUCACGUCCAUCGGCCUGGACAGAAAACGGAUGGAAGAGGAACGGCUCGCCAGGUUGAGCAAGCGCAAGGCGUCCCAGCUCGAUGACGAUCAGGCGUCGGCCAGGCCCAUACAGCGACCGAGGACGACUCCCGCAUCAUCCGUGCCUCCCACUGCUGCUUUUCCGGAGAAAGAGAAACCAACCGCACCCGAAGCUACUCUCCCAGGCGCGACGACGCCAGCGCGAACUCGACUUCCCUUCCCACACGGCGUCGUCAAGAAGACGUGGGCUUUUGGCCAGCCGAGACAGGGUGACGAUAUCAAGAUUGAGGAAGUCCUCCAGAAGCGCCAGCUCCUGCUGGCCGUGCUCAGCUCUUUCCAGUGGGACUACGACUGGCUGGAAUCCAAGAUCGACCUGGGACGGACCAGGCUGAUUCUGAUUGCGUUUGCUGCCGACGCGGCGGAGCAAAAAGAGCUGCGCGCCGAGGUACCCGGUGACAGGAUCCGGUUCUGCUUCCCGCCGAUGCAGCAGAUCGGUGCAAUGCAUUCCAAGCUGAUGCUGCUUAAGUACGAAAAGUACCUGCGGAUUGCCGUUCCCACGGGAAACUUUGUGAGGUAUGACUGGGGAGAGACAGGGACCAUGGAGAACAUGGUGUUCGUCAUCGACCUUCCGAGGUUUGAGACGGCUAAAGAGAGGGAAGCGCAGAAGCUCACGGCAUUUGCUGAGGAGCUCUUUUACUUUCUCCAUGCCCAGGGGCUGGAUGGGAAGCUCGUAGACAGCCUACGAAACUACAACUUUGCUGAGACCGGCCGCUAUGGUUUCGUACACACGAUCCCUGGAACUCAUACUGCAGAGGAGGCAUGGAGGAGAAGUGGGUACUGUGGCCUUGGUCGGAUGGUCAACGUCCUCGGCCUCGGAUCUUCGGCGCCUAUUGAGUUGGACUUCGUGUGCGCAUCUCUAGGCGCCGUCAAUUACAGCCUCGUUACCGCCCUGUAUCAUGCCUGCCAGGGCGAUUCAGGUCUCAAAGAGUACGAGUUGCGUAUCCGGUCGAGCAAGGGCAAAGGGCCGACAUCGGCUGAGGAAGCUUUGUCGAUGGUCAAUCGACAUAUGCGGGUAUUCUUCCCUUCACGGCAAACCGUUCUCGAGAGUAAAGGGGGAAGAAAUGGAGCUGGGACGAUCUGCUUCCAGUCCAGGUGGUGGCAGUCGCCCACAUUCCCUCACGAGCUCCUCCGAGAUUGCAAGUCUGUCCGGAAAGGCUUGCUCAUGCACAGCAAGCUGAUGUACGUCCGGCCUCGCGACGCGCCUGGUAGUUUGGCAACCUCAGCUGCCCGUUGCUUUGCCUACGUCGGCAGCGCCAACCUUUCCGAAAGCGCGUGGGGGCGACUUGUACGAGACAGGUCAUCGGGCAAGCCCAGACUUACAUGUCGUAACUGGGAAUGCGGUGUACUCGUUCCGGUUGACUGCAGUCCGGCCCAGGUUCCUUCGAGUAUUCACGACGGAGCUGCACCCGCGUCGGGGGUGUCGCCAUGCGAACAGGGGCGGAGAGACCCAGAAACAGACUUGACCACGUUGUUCCGCGGGCGUGUGCCUGUCCCAAUGGAGUGGCCUGGGCGUGUGUUUAGGUCUCCGGUGGAAAAAGUCAGGGACAGGGGCGGGGACGAGGAAGGGGAGGAAGGGACUGCGGUUGUGCCUUGGUUCUUUCAGGAGUAGUCGCGAUGACGUUGGGGCAAUUCUGUUGGGGGGUUGUUGGGGAGGCGGCGGAAUGGGGGGAGGCGAGUGCGCAUGAGAUCCGGGCCUAGGAGUGUUGUUGCAGGAAACGAACAUCGAGAUCCGAUCAUACACGUAAAAACCAG